AAGAUUUCUCGAAAAAAGGUUUCGAUGCUAUCCCUGUCGUACUUUCUCACGAGAUUGAGGAUGAGGGAACGGCAAAUAGAGAUUAAGCGGAUCUCUCUCUUUCUCUCUCGCAACCGAUGCAGCGACACAGUAAUUUGUCCGUGAAAGAUUGAAAAACGCGACUCUUACGAGCACACAAUCUCCUUUACCAAUCGCCCUUUAUAGGAUAGAGUUCCACGAACCGUGUAAGCGUGUGAGUAUCCAGAGAGUGUACGAUCAAAACACGAUCGCCACUGGGUACAUUUUAACGGGCUAAUUUAAGCGGGCUCAACGACCCCUUCUUCUAAACCGUAAAACGCUAAACGGUCUAAUAAUUGUAUCAUCUCCGGUAUUUCACUUAACGUCUCUCUCUCUGUUGCGAGCGAGCCAGUUCGCCGAAUUCUCCUGCGUCGACCAAUUUCUCCUCGCUCGACCGCCAUGCGUCUUCUACUCUUUUUUACCCUGUGGAUCUUAAACCGUGAUGCUUGGACUUGGUGCGAGAAGUCUGUCGAGAACAGGAAUAUCGAACGAUGGAAGAGAGGAUUCGAGGGGGAAUACUUGGUGUUUCCAGAAGGAAGCAACGUUCAACUGGUGUAUUGCAUGACCAUCACUACUUACUCCAAGCCUCGAGGAAUGUUCAACAUCGGAUUGACGGCUGGCCAGGCAUGGGAGCUGCCCUCGAAGAGCACCCUGUCCAACAAGUUCAAGGAUUAUCAUCGUCGAAGCAGAAGAGAGCUGUAUCGCAAGUUGGAACUACUUUUGGCAAGCCGGGGCAAGGAUGGGAGAGGAUGCGUUUUGAAGGCGAUCUGCAACGCGGCUGGGAGGAGUCGAAGGGACGUUGGGAAAGGACCUUUCAUGAGGGAGAUUCUCCACGCUGUGUUCACAUUGCCGGCGAGCUACGACGACGGUGAUCCAACGACCGAGUACGAGAGAGCUUACUUCCUAAAAGAGAAUUGCAACGAAGCGGAGUGGAAAUGUCCGGAUGUGUUCUGAGACAAUCUUUCUUCUUAAUUUAUCAAAUAAUUGUGCCACCACUGUUGUGCACUGUCUAGGGAGAUCUCUCGAAGACACGCUUCCGUCCA